AUCCGGCUUAACUGCAGUCUAGGGGGAACCAUAUCCGGGUGACCUCUCUUAACCUGAAUACAACAGUUUACUUGCUUUGUUUGUUUGGUAGUUUAGACUUGCAUUCCAGUUUCAUUGCUAGAUAACAAGAAUUCACUGAGUGGAAAAAUCUGCGUGAAAUCGGCUUAAAACCCGAGAAUCAACCUUUCAAACGGCUCAAGAAUAGGGGUGAAAAUACGUGUGAAAAUACGUGUAAUUAUCGGUCUAUCAAACUCCCCCACACUUAACCGUUUGCUUGUCCCCAAGCAAACCUAACUCAAACCAAUGCAACUCUCCAGACCUCUAUAGCAACAAACAACCCAGAUCGUAGGUAGAGGACUUCCUAGAUCAUUUAGCAGCUUACGAGGUCAACCGACGCACAAGUCAUCUCAUAGCUUCUUCGGCGAGAGCACUAGUAUCGAGUCGGCAUCAUGGCAAAGAGUGAACAGAGGACAAAUGAAUCGUGGAUGAAGAGAUUCUCAAAAACAAAGGAUCAUGGACUCACAUUUUUCAAGGUGCUCUAUUUUCUUCUUGAAGAUGGUUGGAACCCCUUUUCUUUCUGUUUUGCUUGUUUUCUGUUAUUAUUUUUCUUCUCUUUUUUUUCAAGGGUCCCAACCUGCUCUUACCGGCCAUGCCAGGAGCGGAUGUCUCGAGCCUCGUGCGAGGGAAAGACAUGUAAGGGGGCUGGAGGUAGUAGGUGGAAAUUGGGAACGAAUUCCCGUCUCCCCUUACACACUUUCUCCCUAUUCGCACGGGAGACGUUAUUUGAAAGCACAUUUCUGAGCACCUGUUAUUUUCAAAACAUGAUACAAGAGUCCACGACCGGUAGAGAAUCCACAACGCCACACAAUUCAAGGGUCCUAAGAUCACUAAUUCACUCAAUCAACCAACACAAUAUGAAGAAGCAAUGAGACUUCUUAAAUGCAUCAACAUCCUCCAUAGUGCUACACUACCUCCCUAGGUUGCAUAUUACUAUAAAGACUGUCAAUUCAAAGCAUACUGAGCAAGCAAUUGCAAAGAACACGUACUUGGAGCCCUCAAAUUUUAAAAAUUUGGACAGUGGACUAGGCUCCAAGCACACAAACAGAUCUAAUGCAGUCAAAAGAUAAACACCCCCCCCCCCCCCACACACACUUAAUAUCGACAUUGCCCUCAAUGGAGAAGAGGGAAGGGAAAGGGGAACGAUGUUAUCGGUAUGCACGGACUGCAGGGGACUGGAAGCGGACCAGUCGGAGUGAAGCGGACUGGAGAGAGGACCAGUCAAGACAAGCACAGCCAAAGGAAACCAAAGAGCUCAAGCACAAUAUGUUAGGUCCAAUGUCAUCCCAAUAAGACAUCAUCCAGAAAAAAAGAAAAAAAAAACAAAACCAAACUGGUUUACAAUCCGAAUCAAAACACAAGAAAGAAUGUCAAACCGUGGUGGGGUUGCCUCCCCACAAGCGCUUCUUUACCGUCUUUUAGCUGGACGCCCAUGGUGGAUACUCAGGGAGGUGCAGGAAUAGGUGCCUCCAAGAGCGGGUCCACAUCGCUCUUGAGGUACAGCUUCAGGUUGUGGCCAUGCACUCGACGGAUGCGACCACCAUCAUCGGUCAGCUCGACCUGGCCAUCCGGCAAGAUGCAGGCGAGUGAGUACCCGAACGGCCAGGGUGGUCGUGGUGCAGGCGGUGGGACCAGCUCAUAGUGGUCUCCACUCUUCUUCCGUGCAGGCUUAGCAACCUGGUGUAUUCUCAUUCUAGUGCAUGACCCGUAGCCAGUCGGGAGGUUUACUGCCGUUGAAUCCAGAGAUUGACCGCACCUGUCGCCAACUCAGGAGACAACAGCGAGCUAGACUGGCUACGGAAGAGCGCAUAGACGGCCACCUGAGCAGCGAUUCUGAGGAAGAGUACAACAUGGACGGAGAUUACAAUCAACACCAGGGGAAUCCUCAGCAGGCUCCCCCGGUGAAUCAGGUCCUGGGGAACAACCCCAUACCCCAGGAUCAUGGGGUUCAUCAUCCACCGCCGCCGAGUCCCACCUUGGAGUACUACUACACUCCACGGAUUGCUGACAUCCGCCCGGUCAUCCUCUACCCACCUAUCCCAGCAAAUAACUUCGAGAUCAAGCCAUGCUGGAUUCAGCUCAUUACGUCCUCUAUCCAGUUCCAUGGCUUGAAGGAUGAGGAGGCCAGGGUGCAUCUUUCCCGUUUUCUGCAGUUGACGAACGGGUUCAAGCUGAAUGGUGUCCCUGAUGAUGCAAUCCGCCUUCAUCUCUUCCCCCAUUCUCUGGCGGGGAAUGCUAAGAGGUGGUUGGAGACCCAGCCCCCAUUGUCCAUCACAUCUUGGGAUGAUCUGGCUGACAAAUUCGUGCACAGGUACUAUCCGGCAUCGAAGACUACAGAGAUCCAGCGGGAGAUCACUCACUUCCGCCAAGAGCCAGAUGAGUCACUUCGUGAUGCUUGGGAGCGGUACAUGGGCUAUUUCUGGCAGUGUCCCCAUCAUGGCUUCAGUGAUGCAUUCACAGUGGGGAACUUCUACAGUGCCCUCUCUCCAUAUAGCCAGAGGGUGAUUGAGUCUCUAUGCCCAGGAGGGGAUAUUCUUACUAAGAUUCCACCCGAGCUGAACCAGAUGAUCAGUACUUUGGCUGCCAGAGAUCAUUCUUGGGGACAGGGUAGCCGAGGCAGACAGUCCCGGGACCGUGGUGUGCACGCCAUGGAGACCAGAUCCGGGCUCGAGCAGCAGGUAGCUGAGCUAGUGCAGACAUUGAAGCAGCCCAACAGUCUUAUUCCGGGCAGAGGUUUGGCUACACCUCCAGUAGCUCAAUGUCAGUGGUGCGAGAGCUCCAAUCACCUAGUGGAGGACUGCCAUGCUAUGAGGGAGUCUACCACUCCCCAAGAGCAGUUGGACUUCAUCGCCAAUGCUCGGCGCCUCGACCCGUACAGCAGCACAUAUAAUGAGGGGUGGCGCCAGCAUCCCGACUUCGCCUGGAGCAGCAACACCACUAAACCACCUGGUUUCCCAGCACCAGCUGGUGGCUUUCAGCAGAGGCAGCCCUUCCAGGCUCGACAGGGGCCAGCCCCACAGCAGCAGCCCUACCAGCCUCGGCAGGGGCAACCAUUCCAGCAUCCCCAGCGCCAGUUUGCCGAGCCAGCGGCAACUCCUGCCCCAGAUGAUCGGAUGACGAAGCUGGAAAACAUUCUAGCUUCAUUCAUGACUAGCACUCAUGCAGCUAUCACGUCACUGGAGGCAGGUCAGAGGAACCAAGGUGCCAUCUUGCAAGAUCUGCAGCACCAGGUGGGUAUCUUGGCCCGCCAAAACACUACCAGGGCACCGGGGACUCUGCCUGCCACCACUAUCCCGAAUCCUCGGGAUCCUCACCAGCUCCAGCAGCUGGAUGCCAUUUUUACCAGGAGUGGUAAGACCAUAUCUGCUGAUCCUGUCCCGGCCAGACAGGAGGAACCACUACAUGCUUCAGCACUUCCAGCCGACGAUGCAGAAGUGCGGGUGGAGAAGGAAGCCCCUGUUCCCAAGCCACAACCAGUGGUUAAGGAGCAUGUACCCCAGCUUCCCUUCCCCACUCGCCUACACAAAGACAAGCUGGAGACUAAGUUUGCCAAGUUUAUGGCAAUGUUGAAGCAGCUCAACAUCAGCAUACCGUUCGUGGAGGCACUGUCGAAGAUGCCCAAGUAUGCCAAGUUCAUGAAAGACCUCCUCACCAACAAGAAGAAGCUUGGGGAUCUCUCGACAGUGUUGCUGAGCGAGGAGUGUUCUGCUAUCCUGCAGAACAAGCUGCCCGAAAAGCGCAAGGAUCCAGGGAGUUUUACUAUCCCUCUUACUAUUGGCAGCAUGCAUGUAGGCAAGUCCUUGGCGGACCUAGGCGCUAGCAUAAAUGUAAUGCCAUAUAAGUUGUAUAAAAAGCUAGACCUAGGUGAGCUUAGCCCUACUAGGAUGAGCAUUCAGCUAGCUGAUCAUUCCAUUGUGCAUCCUAGGGGAAUCAUAGAGGAUCUGCUUGUUAAAGUAGGUGCAUUCACAUAUCCUGUUGAUUUUGUUAUUCUUGAUAUACAUGAGGAUGUGGAUGUGCCUUUGAUUCUGGGUAGACCAUUUCUUGCCACCGCCAAGGCACUUAUUGAUGUGCAUGAUGGUAAACUGAUCCUGCGUGCUGGGAAUGAACAGGCUACUUUCUCUGUGACUGAACUUGAUCACUGUGCUAUGAUUGUUGUCACUCCUAUGCAUGCCAUUUCUGAUCAGGUACACGAGCCUGUCGUGUAUCCUUCUGCUCCUCUCAUUUUGCAGGACCCUCCUAUCAUUCCUUCGCCGCCACUCCAUCCAGUCUCUCCUCCGAACAAAAAGAUCAAGGAGGAGUGGCGGCCGAAGUAGCAGGUUGCUAAUCCUGCACGGAAGAAGAGUGGAGACCACUAUGAGCUGGUCCCACCGCCUGCACCACGACCACCCUGGCCGUCCGGGUACUCACUCGCCUGCAUCUUGCCGGAUGGCCAGGUCGAGCUGACCGAUGAUGGUGGUCGCAUCCGUCGGGUGCAUGGCCACAACCUGAAGCUGUACCUCAAGAGAGAUGUGGAUCCUCUCUUGGAGGCACCUGUUCCUGCACCUCCCUGAGUAUCCACCAUGGGCGUCCAGCUAAAAGACGGUAAAGAAGCGCUUGUGGGGAGGCAACCCCACCACGGUUUGACUUUCUUUCUUGUGUUUUGAGUCGGAUUGUAAACCAGUUUGGUUUUGGUUUGUUUUCUUUUGUUUUGGAUGAUGUCUUAUUGGGCUGACAUUGGACCUAACAUAUUGUGCUUGAGCUCUUUGGUUUCCUUUGGCUGUGCUUGUCUUGACUGGUCCUCUCUCCAGUCCGCUUCACUCCGACUGGUCCGCUUCCAGUCCCCUGCAGUCCGUGCAUACCGAUAACAUCGUUCCCCUUUCCCUUCCCUCUUCUCCAUUGAGGGCAAUGUCGAUAUUAAGUGUGUGUGUGGGGGGGGGUGUUUAUCUUUUGACUGCAUUAGAUCUGUUUGUGUGCUUGGAGCCUAGUCCACUGUCCAAAUUUUUAAAAUUUGAGGGCUCCAAGUACGUGUUCUUUGCAAUUGCUUGCUCAGUAUGCUUUGAAUUGACAGUCUUUAUAGUAAUAUGCAACCUAGGGAGGUAGUGUAGCACUAUGGAGGAUGUUGAUGCAUUUAAGAAGUCUCAUUGCUUCUUCAUAUUGUGUUGGUUGAUUGAGUGAAUUAGUGAUCUUAGGACCCUUGAAUUGUGUGGCGUUGUGGAUUCUCUACCGGUCGUGGACUCUUGUAUCAUGUUUUGAAAAUAACAGGUGCUCAGAAAUGUGCUUUCAAAUAACGUCUCCCGUGCGAAUAGGGAGAAAGUGUGUAAGGGGAGACGGGAAUUCGUUCCCAAUUUCCACCUACUACCUCCAGCCCCCUUACAUGUCUUUCCCUCGCACGAGGCUCGAGACAUCCGCUCCUGGCAUGGCCGGUAAGAGCAGGUUGGGACCCUUGAAAAAAAAGAGAAGAAAAAUAAUAACAGAAAACAAGCAAAACAGAAAGAAAAGGGGUUCCAACCAUCUUCAAGAAGAAAAUAGAGCACCUUGAAAAAUGUGAGUCCAUGAUCCUUUGUUGUUGAGAAUCUCUUCAUCCACAAUUCAUUUGUCCUCUGUUCACUGGUUGCCAAGAUGCCGACUCGAUACUAGUGCUCUCGCCGAAGAAGCUAUGAGAUGACUUGUGCGUCGGUUGACCUCGUAAGCUGCUAAAUGAUCUAGGAAGUCCUCUACCUACGAUCUGGGUUGUUUGUUGCUAUAGAGGUCUGGAGAGUUGCAUUGGUUUGAGUUAGGUUUGCUUAGGGACAAGCAAACGGUUAAGUGUGGGGGAGUUUGAUAGACCGAUAAUUACACGUAUUUUCACCCCUAUUCUUGAGCCGUUUGAAAGGUUGAUUCUCGGGUUUUAAGCCGAUUUCACGCGAGGUUGUGUGUUUAUGUCGUAUUUCAGGACCCGGCGUUGGAAUCGAGGCGAAGGAACGAGAUUCGGGUCGAAAGGAGCAAGUGAGGCUUGAAGUGGGCUGAAGGAAGAAAAUACCCGGCCAUAACCACAAAUACCCAGCCGGGUAUUAUUCUGAGGAGACCGGGGAAUUCCCUUUUUGGCGUCUGAGAAACAGAAGGGGUCCCGGUCGUGAGGCUUAAAUCCCCGGUCGGGGAUUAUUGGAGCAGACCGGGGAUUUUCCCCUGGCAUGAAACGUGCGUUUUAAUAAUACCCGGUCGAGACCCAAAAUACCCGACCGGGUAUCGCGACAGGCAGCUGUUUUAAGGGAAAAGAGGGCUGAAAAUCAGGGGAUUCGAGUUUUUGAGAGAGAGAACGAUUCCUAGAGAGAGAAAGCGACGAACAAGAGUCUCCAAGUGCCCUAGAUUGAUCUUCAACACCAUUGGAGGCCAGCUUGAGCUUGGAGAAGUGCCGAUCAACGUCCAGGAGCAGGAAUCCAUCCUUCACAGUAUGAAUUCCGCGUCUGAUUCUGCUUUUGCUUCUUUCUCCAUGGAGUAGUUCUCCCAUUCAUCUGGGUAUGGAGAACCCUAGAUUUGUAUGUUAGGCUUUGAUUGUAUGAACCCAAGUACUGAUUCUAUGAUUUGAUUAUAUUCGAUUGAGGUUUGAAUGAUUGAAUGACUUGAAUCUUGAUCAAAUUCCUGUUGUUUCUGAUUUGACCUAGAAUGAGAAUAUCUGCCUAGGUUGAUAGAGCAUCCUUGAUUGAAGGUAGGGAGUUGGUGACUUUAGUCGAGGAGCCAACUCACUAUUCUGUACUGGAUUUACUCCGGUAGUGGAGGUUUUGUUUGUUAAGGCCUCAAUCUGUUUACUCCGGUGGAGGUUAGUCGCCCGCUAGAGACUCAGAUUGAGAGGGUCUGAAGACCUUUAGUCGAGACUUCAGACUGUUUAAGAACCUUCCGCAGUAUAACUAUCAUAGAAACUGAACUUGGUAAUUACAAUCCGGCUUAACUGCAGUCUAGGGGGAACCAUAUCCGGGUGACCUCUCUUAACCUGAAUACAACAGUUUACUUGCUUUGUUUGUUUGGUAGUUUAGACUUGCAUUCAAGUUUCAUUGCUAGAUAACAAGAAUUCACUGAGUAGUCAUCAAAUCUAGGACUCGGGUUGAUAAUUAAACCUAAACCCGCUAUACUACGCUUUAGGAAGUGGUUUCACUUGGCCAAUUCCUAGGGUGACAGUAGAAGUGAGUCACCUUCUUUAUGAAUUCUUAAGAUAAGGAUUCACUCGUCUUUGAGGUUUUACUAUUGGCUUAUGAUUGUCCUCCAUUAGUAUCUUAUGUGUGCAGAAUGAUGAAUGAAUCACUUGAAUAUCA